AUGCCGUUAGAAAAUUUGGAAGAGGAGGGCUUGGAGAAGAAUCCGAAUUUGGAAUUGGCGCAGACUAAAUUUCUCUUGAGUCUCCCUGAACACAAAGAUGAUCCCCAGCUGAAAGCGAAACUCUUGGAUGCCAUCAAAACCGACAACAUGGCUCCAUUUUAUGAAGAUGUGUGUAAAGACCUGGAAUGGUCAGUGGAUGAAGCGCUUCUGUCAACAAUGAAGGCACACAACACGGAGCAGUUAAAGAAACUCGAUGAUGCUAUCGAGGACGCUGAGAAAAAUUUGGGCGAGAUGGAGGUUCGAGAGGCGAACCUGAAGAAAUCUGAAUAUCUGUGUCGAAUAGGUGACAAGGAAGGUGCAAUUUCGUCGUUCAGGAAAACUUACGACAAGACAGUAUCACUAGGGCACAGACUGGACAUCGUGUUUCACAAUAUCAGAAUCGGUUUGUUCUAUCUAGAUCAUGAUCAUAUCACGAGAAAUAUCGAGAAAGCUAAGAGUUUGAUAGAAGAAGGUGGCGACUGGGACAGGCGGAAUCGUUUAAAAGUUUAUCAAGGAACGUACUGCAUAGCGGUUCGCAAUUUCAAAGAAGCCGCAAACUUCUUCUUGGACACGAUCAGCACGUUUACGAGUUACGAGCUCAUGGAUUAUAAUACGUUCGUGAGGUACACGGUAUACUUGAGCAUGAUUAGCCUCCCACGCAAUGAACUGAGGGACAAAAUCAUUAAGGGAUCUGAGAUUUUGGAGGUUCUCCACAGUAAUCUGGACGUCAAGGAUUAUCUGUUCUCACUGUAUAACUGUCAUUAUGCGGAUUUCUUCAAGAAUCUUGCACACGUUGAGGGAUUGCUGCGCCGAGAUUACUUAGUGUUUCCGCAUUAUCGAUAUUACGUACGGGAGAUGCGGAUCCUCGCGUACACACAAUUACUGGAAUCCUACCGAUCGUUGACCCUUCAAUACAUGGCUGAAGCGUUUGGCGUUACAGUAGAAUACAUUGAUCAAGAAUUAUCGCGCUUUAUAGCAGCGGGUCGGUUACAUUGCAAGGUCGAUCGAGUGGGAGGCGUGGUCGAAACAAACCGGCCGGACAGCAAGAAUUGGCAGUAUCAAGCGAUGGUGAAGCAAGGAGAUCUUCUACUCAACAGAGUGCAGAAAUUAUCGCGUGUUAUUAAUAUUUAAUUGCGUAUUAAUCCGAUUUCAUCCCAGUACAGAUAAUAUAUGCUCGACUGCUCAAGUUCUGCUGUCCAUCUAUUUCAAAGUGCUCGUACAUCCCAUUUUGCAAAUUUUAUAACACAGAGCUUCAUAUUGUGUAAAAAAAUAUAUAUAUUAGUCUUACUGUAAUACAUGAAUAAAAGUUUUGUCUGAUUAUCAUUCAGAGUCAUAAUACUGAAAAAUAAAAUUGCAUUUGAUCCGUC